AUGAAUUGUUGUAUUGAUCAUCCUUAAAAAGAAUAUAGUUUGAUAUGUAUAGCUUAACAUUAUUGCCAAAGAAAGUUAUGUUAAGAAUGCUAACAUGAUCAUGGUAUUGAUUCUAAAUAGUUGGUUUCAAUUAAUAAAUUUCAAAAUAAAUUAAAGAAGAGAAUGGAGAAAUUUAACUUAAAUACUUAGAUUAAUUAUAAUAAUUAUAAUGUUCUUCAUUAGAAUUUGAAAUCAUUGAUUGUUUAAACAGAAGAGAUGAUAAAGAAUAUGUGUUAAAAUAUUACAUAAUCAAUUAAUAAUAUUUUCAAAAUUUUAGAAUAAGAAGAUUAAUAAUAUCAUAUUCUUUUAAAUUCUUUUGAUAAUCUGUUAGAAUUAUCAUAUAUAGAUUUAAAUAAAUUAGUAGAAAUAUUAAAUGAUAAGACAUUAGAAAAAUGGAAUGAUUAGAAAGAAUAGAAUAUAAAUUAAUUAAGAAAAGCUUAAUUAUGGUUAUAAAUUGAAUUAGAGAGUUUUUUAAAAAGAUUUAAUUAAGAUUUAAUGAAGGAUAUAGAGUCAUUAAUAAAGUAUAAUUAUAUUAUUAUAAAAUUAGAGUAGAGAAAAAAGUAGAAUCAAUAGAAGAAUACUAUUGGUAAGAAGGUAUAAUAGAACAUGAAUUUUGGGAAUACUCAAACAAUUAUGGUGAUAAAAUACCAGUAAAAUAGAAAUUUACAAUAACGAAAACAAAAGAUAAAGAAAUCAUAUAUACAUAUCCAGGAAUAAACUAAAGAAUGUUAAUAUUUAUAAUAUUUAAGUGAUUAAAUAAAAGAAUUAUGUCUGAAGAAACCUGAAAUAUUACAUAAUAUAGAUUAAAUAAGACAUCUUUAAUGGAUAGGUGAGUAUGGAAACAAUAAUAAAAAAGUUGGAAAAUGGAUAGCUAUAUGGAAAGGGUUAUAAUUAUUUGGUGUGGGAGGAUUAUAUUCAGAUGAUGGUAAAAAGUAAGGUAGAUGGAAAGAAUUAAUUCCUAACUUUUGUGAGUAAUAAUUAAACUAUUUUAGUGAAGCUUAAAUUUUUGAAUCAGGAGAAUAUUUAAAUGAUGAGAGAAAUGGAAUUUGGAAGUAUAUAUAUUCAUCAACAGAAAUGUAUGUGUAUAUUAUAUUUUAAUAUAGUGGUGGUGGUUUGUAUCUUGAAAAUGGAAAAAAGAAUGGAUUAUGGAUAGAGUUAAGUGAUAAUUUUUGGAAGUAUAUAUUAUUUUAAUUCCUUAGCUUAAGUUAAGUUACUUAUCAAGGUGAAUAUGAAUAAGAUAAAAAGUUUGGUAAAUGGAUUAUUAAAUAUCAUAAUGAAUUAAUGUAAUAAAUUUCUAAUCCAUUAUUAAUAGAGGAUAAGGUUAAUUUCUAAAUAAUGGUUUAAAGAAUGGUGAUUGGGUAGAAUAAGCCCCUAAUUUCUAUUGGUAUCUAUUCAAAAUUAAAUAAGUGAUUGUUAAGUUACUUAUAAUGGAAUCUAUAAAAAAGGAAAGAAGAUUGCCAAAUGGGAUAUAAAUUAUAGAUACAAUUCUGAUCAACCAUUUGAAUAGAUGUAAAUUAUUUAUUUAUUUCUUUUAGAGGUGGAGGAAUUUAUGAUGAUCAUAGUUUAAAAACUGGAAAGUGGAUAGAAUUAAGUGAAAAAUUUUAGAAGUAAUUAUUAUUAAUAUCAAUUAUUAUCAUAUUAGUUAAAAAUAAUUAAUUUAUAUUGGAUACUAUCAUAUUGGAAAGAAAUAUGGAAAAUGGGAGGAAAUGGAGAGAUAUAAAUCUGCUAUGAAUAGAGGAUUUUUUAAAAUGUAUUUUCAAUUAUAACUUUUAGUGGAG